AUGAAUGAGGAGAAGGGUGGUGAAGUUGUACCAUCCCCCGACAAGGACUUACGUCUAUCGGCCUCGGAUCAGGCUCCACACGCAGCUCUGGACGCUUUGAACACCACACCCCGGCAUAGGGGGCCCGAUCAUCAUGAUCGAGAACUCUCGCUGCCGGUUAAACGGCCUUUCUCAGAUGAGUCAGAUCUAGUAAAGGCUGAGAGUCGCAAAAAGUUGAAAAUCUCUCAACUAGUGGAGAAUCCUGCUCAGCUUUAG